AUAUCUGUGCGACAACAUCCAUGAACACAUGCACCAUGCGUGUAUCACCAAGGGCUGCAAAAAUAAUAAACACAUAAACUUUUAACAAUAACAGCAACAUUUACAAUAUCGACGAGGAGUUGAAAACAGCGCGGGCUGCCAUGGCUGGGAAAACGCUGCUCUUCAAGUCGAAUUAUGCGGUCUCCAGCAGAAUCGAGCCUUUCUAUAAGGGAGGUAAAGUGCAGGUCAGUGGAGACGAGCAGCACAUCUUCUGCACUUAUGGACCAAAGAUCAACAUCCUGCAGAUCAGCACAGGCAAGAUCAUACACAGCAUUGAACAGGAGGAUCAGGAGGACAUCACAGCAUUCGCUCUCAGCCCUGAUGAUGAGAUGUUAGUGAGCGCCAGCAGGGCUCUGCUCCUCAGGCAGUGGGACUGGAAGCAGCAGCAGUGUCGUCGCUCCUGGAGGGCCGUUCACAGUGUGCCCGUGGCCAGCAUGAGCUUCGACUGCACCUCCACACUGCUGGCUACAGGCGGCUGUGACGGCACCAUCAAACUGUGGGACGUGAUCAAGCAGUACUGCACACACAACCUCAAAGGCUCCUCUGGCGUCGUGCAUUUGGUGGAGUUUCACCCAGACAUCAGCCGGCUGCAGCUCUUCUCCUCGUCCUCAGACUGUGCGAUCCGCAUCUGGGACCUGCGCUCCAGCCGCUGUGUGUGUGUGCUGGAGAGCCACUACAGCCCCGUCACUGCGCUCGCGUUCUCCCCGGACGGACACACACUCGUCAGCUCUGGCAGAGAUAAGAUCUGUUCUGUGUGGGACCUGCAGGAGCAGAAGGUGAAGAGGACCAUCCCGGUCUAUGAGGCUGUGGAAGGUGUGGUUCUCCUGUCGGGCUCCGCUGAUUACUCAGAGAUGGGAGUGAAGAGUGACGCGUUACACCUGGUCACGGCUGGCAGUAAAGGUGUCCUGCGUGUGUGGGACAGCUCCUCGUCCCGCUGUGUGUUCACCCAGACUCUGCCUGAUGCUUCGUCUCACACUGAAGAUGAAGAUGCUGAAGACGAAGAGCGCCUGGGCCUCCUGCAGCUCCUGCUGCUGCCCCGCACCGGCAGACUGAUCACAGUCACUGCAGAACACAACAUCCUGCUGUACCAGACGCCCACACUCGCUGUACAGCAGCAGUUCGUGGGCUACAAUGACGAUGUGCUGGAUGUGAAGUUUGUGGGGAAGGACGACACACACAUCGCAGUGGCCACCAACAGCUCUCAGCUGAAGGUGUUUGAGCUGAGCACCAACAGCUGCCAGAUCCUGCACGGACACACUGAUACCAUCUUAUCCAUCGACGUCUUCCGCAAAGGCAGCAUGUUUGCGACCUGUGCAAAGGAUAAGAGUGUGCGUGUGUGGAGGAUGGAUGUGAGCAGUGGUCGUGUCCACUGUGUGGCUCAGGGAACCGGACACUCCAAUGCUGUGGGCUCCAUCGCCUGCUCCAGGAUGAAGCAGCAGUUCGUGGUGUCGGGCAGUCAGGACUGCACAGUGAAGGUGUGGGAUCUGCCCGAGACUACUGGAGCUGAAGGAGUGAUGAUGAUGAAGGCUCGAUCCACUGAGAGAGCGCACGAGAAGGAUGUCAACAGUGUGUGCGUCUCCCCCAAUGAUAAGCUGCUGGCGUCGGGCUCACAGGACCGCACGGCCAAACUGUGGGCUCUGAGUGACCUGCGUCUGCUGGGGGUCUGCCGGGGCCACCGCCGCGGGGUCUGGAGCGUGCAGUUCUCCCCGGUGGAUCAGAUCCUGGGGUCCGCAUCGGCCGACGGCAGCGUCAGGAUCUGGAGCAUUCAGGACUUCAGCUGCCUUAAGACGUUUGAGGGUCACGAUGCCUCCGUGCUGAAGAUUAUAUUCGUCAGUCGGGGAACUCAGCUGGUGUCCAGUGGCUCUGACGGCCUGGUGAAGCUGUGGACCAUCAAAACUAACGAGUGUGUGCGGACACUGGAUGCGCAUCAGGAUAAGGUGUGGGCUCUGCACGGCGGCUGCAGGGACGAGCUGAUGGUCACCGGCUCCGCAGACUCCACCAUCACCGUCUGGAAGGAGUCAGUGCUGCGCUACUGUACGGUGUGGAACACAAACUCGCGCAGCUGUCUGGACGCUCAGGCUGUGCUGAAGGUGCUGCUCACACACCUGAGCCCUGAGGAGAUGCUGCAGUUCCAGAGCGCGCACACACACCUGCAGGCCCUCGUCCCAUACACCGAGAGACAUAUGCAGCGGAUUAACCGGCUCCUGCAGGCCUCCAUGUUUCUGGAUUAUAUGUGGCAGAAAAUGCGCAUCACAGGUGCUAUGGACAGUGUGAACAUGCAGGAGGAUGAAGAUGAUGACGGUGUUCAGUCAGUCUUCAUCACAGACAAACAGCCCAUGCAGACCACAGAGGAAGAGGAGGAAAAUGAAGAAAUGCAGUGUUCAGGAGACUCAGAGCAGCGUCUGCAUGAGGACGAAGCCGUCUGCACGUCUAAAACUGCUGCUGGGAAACUCCCUAACACUGUAGAUCAGCUUUUAGACUCUGAUGAAGACAAGGAGGAGGAAGAGUUUUCCUGCAAACCCGCAGCUUCUGUCCUCCAGGAAAUUGUGUCUGUGAGCUGAUUGGCUGCUGCUGCUGUCAAUCAAUCUGGAGUCUUUUAUAUUCAGUGCUGUAUAUUGAGUGAUGGAGCAUUUCUGAUAUACUCUGUAUCUGCGAGCUGAUUGGCUGCUGCAGCUGUCAAUCAAACUGUUCUUUUAUAUUCAGUGCUGUAUAUUGAUGAUAUCGCCAUAAUAAUAACAGCAAUAAAGCAUUUUCCUGCUUGUGUCACCACAGCAUUUGCAGGAUACUGAUGGAUGAUG